GUCAGAGUCGUCUCCUGCUUGUCGGCAGACACGGCAGGAUCGUCCCAUGGUGGCUUCCCCAACAACAUGGGCAACCACCCUCGCCUGCCUUCCUGCCUUCCUGCCUGCCUUCCUGUCCGUGCUCCUUCCUACAUUGUUACCGUCGUACAGUACGGACAUCACCCCCUCCUCCCCUCCUUGCUCAUCACCUUGCUUACAGCUUUGUCCCAUGCCGUGGUCCUUGUUCGCCUUCCUCGUUUCCCUCUCGCCGGUUCUCAGUCCGCCACGCCCCAUCCUGGCUUCAAGAACAAAACCCGUGCAUCAUCCGCCUCUGUUUCUUCUGAUUCUGCCUCUCGUUAUUGUCCUCAAGUCUGCGGGUUUAAUGCCAUAGAUCAUUCAAUUGAGCUCCCCUUCGGUUCCUCUGUCCCAAUUAUCAAUUCAACACCAAUUCAUCUUUCUGCACACGCAAUUGAACCUCGUCGUCAUGGCCACCCCAAAGGAGCCAGGCCGUCAGUUCUCUUUUGGCGCUUCGGCGCACCGAAGGAGGCAGAUGAGCACUAUGCAUGACGCGGGCAAUCAUUUUGGCCCAGCUCUUACUACUCUCUAUUGUGGUAUCUCGGCCGUCUUUGCUGACUCCCACACCGCCGUUAUCGCCCUGGCAAUCCACGACACCGUCUACCUGGUCGACUUCACGGUUAAGUACAUCAAUCUUGACGAUGCCACACAAACAGGCAACGACGCCAUUGCCGACUAUGUCAUCAACACCCUCGAGGAUUACGAACAUGCAAACUUCGCCAAGUUCAUCGGUGCCGGUCUUCCUACGACCCUCAAAUACAUGAGCCAGUCUCUGUGCUCUCGUCUAUGGCUGGACCUUGACAUUGUUCCUGUUGUCUUGCGCCCCGAUGACGAACACAAGGAGAAGAGCUUCUGGGACAUUAAGCGCGUUGACGAGCAAGCCGACUCGAUGGCUCGCAAGUGCAUCAUGAACUUUGGUCCCUCACUGGUUCCACUGCUCCAGGUUGGCUGGAGAGGCAUUGUCCAGACCGACGCCGGAUUCCGCGUGCAGCUCAACACGGUUCAGAACCACAAGGACACUUGCGGCGCCUCGACCUGGGAUGCCACCAUGUUCUAUGCCAAGAAGCUUCGCGCGAACAAGAUAAAGAUCGCCUUCUUCAGUAGUACCCCGCAGGGAGGUGGUGUCGCCUUGAUGCGGCACGCCCUCGUCCGGUUUGCGCGUCUCAUCGGCGUUGAUCUGACUUGGUAUGUGCCCAAGCCCAGGCCCGGCGUCUUCAGGGUCACCAAGAACAUCCACAACAUCCUCCAGGGAGUCAACCAUCCAGAUCAGCGCGUCUCGGCCGAGGAGAAGCAGUCCAUUAUUGAUUGGAUCACGGACAACGCCAACCGCUACUGGCUUUCAGAGGGAGGCCCUCUGCGACCUCCCGAAGAGGGUGGUGCCGACGUGGUCAUGAUUGACGACCCGCAGAUGCCCGGCUUGAUCCCACUAAUCAAGAAGAUUACACCCGACCGGCCCGUCCUUUACAGAUCCCACAUCCAGAUCCGCAGCGACUUGACUGCAAAAGCCGGGUCCCCUCAGGAAGACAUCUGGCGCUUCUUGUGGAGCAACAUUCAGCAUGCCGACAUGUUUAUUAGCCAUCCCAUCCCCAUGUUUGUGCCAAACACGGUGUCUCGGGAGAAGGUGGUCUACCUCCCAGCCACGACCGAUUGGCUGGAUGGCUUGAACAAGCAUUUGAACAAGUGGGACACGGGCUACUACGGACACAUCUACAACACUGCCUGCCGCAACCAGGGAAUGACGGAGCUUCAGUGGCCAGCCCGCAAGUACAUUAUUCAGGUGGCUCGCUUCGACCCCUCCAAGGGCAUCCCCACCGUGAUUGACUCUUACGCCGAGUUUCGGCGUCUGAUGGACGAAAAGGGCGAGACUAGCAUCCCGCAGCUUGUCGUCUGCGGGAAUGGCUCUAUCGACGAUCCUGAUGCCAGCUUGAUCUAUGACCAGACCAUGAACCAGCUCGAGAAGCACUACCCGCAGCUGAUUAAUGACUGCAGCAUCAUGCGCCUCGAUCCCAACGAUCAGGUUCUCAACACGGUCAUCGCUAAUGCUCACGUUGUCCUGCAGCUUUCCACCCGCGAAGGCUUCGAGGUCAAGGUCUCUGAGGCUUUGCAUGCCGGCCGGCCUGUCAUUGCCACCCGUGCAGGUGGCAUCCCCCUCCAGGUCAAGGACAAUGUCAAUGGCUUCUUGGUUGAGCCCGGUGACUACAAGACCGUGGCAGGUCACCUCGUAGACCUCUUCACCGACGACGAGUUGCACAGGAAGAUGAGUCACGCUGCUGCCACAGGCGUGAGCGAUGAGGUGGGUACAGUCGGAAACGCACUGGGCUGGUUCUACCUUGCCGCCAAAUGGGCCGAAGUGGGUGUCAGGCCCGGGCUGCGCGGUGAUGAGCGCUGGGUCAACGACAUGGCCCGGGAGGAAGCCGGCAAACCUUACACGGAAGGGGAGAACCGUUUGCCGCGGCAGUUCACGCAGAAGAAGGACAUUGCCGUUGUCUCUGGAAAUCCCAAUGGCCAGGACGGCGAGAAGGGUCAGUAGAAGGACGCAAACCCCGAGCGACUAUCUAGUGCAUUAAGAUGUCAUGCGAUUCUGUGGGCGGAGUCGGAACAUUUGGAUCUUGUCAUGGAAGAGGGUUGGUUUUGCGACGGCGUGAUGCUUGGACGUAGAGAGAGAGAUGUUUGCUAGAUGAAGAUGCGCAACCCCACUGAUUUGCAUAAUGCGGCUGCGGUGUUAGUGUUACGUAUCUCAGCCGUCGCCGAGUUAUUUUGUUUAUUGGGCGAGUUCCACCACGUAAACGGAUGUUUCGCAGAAAGUGUUCAAACGUGGCAUCAAACAAAGCGAGUGAGCGCCGGGGUGACGACAGGUGAGUCACCCGUGACAGCGUGUGAAGGCACAGCCUGCCCCCCCCCCCCCCCCCCCCCC